UUCUACGCACAACCAGUCAACCACAUCCAUUCUCCAGACAUCAACUUAUCUUCUCCCUAAAUGAGCUCUGUUUUCUGCAAACCAACAUCUCUCCAUUCCUAGUUUAUUCUACCACAUCAACUACUCUUUUCCGAUCUGCUCAUACCUCAGGUUACUAGAUGAUCUGCUUUUUUCUCAUCUCUUCUUCUCCGAGUGAAACCUGCAACAAUGAGCUUCCCCAUGGGAGAGCAGUAGCGAACAACAGAGGCAGGCAGAGCCGGAGUAUCAACGAGGGAGUGAGUAGCAAGUCCAGAUCUAUAGCCGGAGUAUCUUCCCCUCUUUCCUCAUCCGCCUCUUAUGUGUUUCUCUCUUCCCCUCUUUUGUUUCAUCGAUUGGCCGGAUCUGCAGCAGGGUUGGCCGAAUCUGCAGUGGGGUCGGUCGGACAUCGACGGUGGCAGUCGGAUAUUCAAGGCCGGCGGUUGACGGCAGUCAAAUCUAGUCAGAUCUAUGAUGGAGAAGACCAGAUCUGCACCAACAAAGGCCAAAUCUGUAGUGGAGUUGUCCAGUUCUAAGGUGGCGGCGGCGACCGGCGGUGGGCGUCCGACGGCGACCGGCGGUGGGCGUCUGACGGCGACCGGCGAGUGAUGGCGGUUUGGAUUCUAUCAGCGGCAGUUUGUUUUCCAAACUUGAGGGUGUUUAUGUCCAACUACAAAUAAUAACUCCUAUUUAGGGAAUUUUUAGUGUUUAGUCUUAUUUUGACAAUUAAGGAUUUAUUUAGUCUUAUUUAGGUCAAUCCCCUACUAAUAAAGUAGAGUAGUCUCAAUUGAAUUUUACUUAUUUUGCUAUCAAACCCACUUAUGAAAUUGUCAUUCUCCGAUUUUG